CAUAUAAUUAUCAUAUAUAAAAAUAUACAUAUCAUGGCAGUUGGUACAGUGACGUCAUCACCAUUAGGCCCACCGGCUAAUGAGAAAGAUGCAAAAGCUCUUCAGUUUAUAGAAGAGAUGACUAAAAACUGUGAUUCGGUUCAAGAAAAUGUUUUGUGUGAAAUUUUGACACAAAAUGCUGAAGCUGAGUACCUACAAAAAUGGAACCUUGGCGGCGCCACCGACCGGAAAACCUUCAAGUCCAAGGUUCCGGUUGUGUCGUACGAUGAUCUCCAGCCGUACAUCCAACGUAUCGCUAAUGGAGACCGUUCUCCUAUUCUCUCUUCACACCCCAUUUCUGAGUUUCUCACAAGUUCUGGGACAUCAGCUGGGGAAAGAAAGUUGAUGCCAACAAUUGCUGCAGAAAUGGACCGCAGGCAGAAAUUGUAUAGUCUGCUCAUGCCUGUCAUGAACUUGUACGUGACCGAUUUAGACAAAGGCAAGGGACUAUACUUUUAUUUCAUAAAGGCCGAAACAAAAACCCCAAGUGGUUUAGUAGCCCGACCCGUUCUCACAAGCUACUACAAAAGCAACCAAUUCAAAACCCGACCCUACGACCCAUACAACGUGCUCACUAGCCCGAAUGAAACCAUCCUUUGUGUCGAUUCCUUUCAAAGCAUGUACUCUCAAAUGCUUUGUGGUCUCAUUUAUCGUGAACAAGUCCUUCGUUGUGGGGCCGUUUUCGCUUCCGGGCUUGUUCGGGCCAUCAAGUUUCUUACAUUGAAUUGGAAACAACUUGCCCUUGAUAUCGAAACCGGGUUCUUGAACCCCAAAAUUACUGACCAAGAUAUCCGGGCUUGUAUGUCUAAAAUUUUGAAACCUGACCCGAACUUGGCCCGUUUCGUUAGGGAUGAGUGUUGUGAUGAGAAUUGGGAAGGGAUAAUAACCCGAAUUUGGCCCAAUACUAAAUAUCUUGAUGUCAUUGUGACUGGGGCUAUGGCUCAGUAUAUUCCCAUCCUUGAUUUUUACAGCGGUAAUUUACCUCAAACUUGUACCAUGUAUGCCUCAUCUGAGUGUUACUUUGGGUUAAAUUUAACCCCAAUGGUUAAACCAUCUGAAGUUUCUUAUACCAUUAUGCCAAACAUGGGUUACUUUGAGUUUAUCCCACAUGACUCAGCCAACUCGGUUACUAAGCCUAAUAAUGACUCACCGAGUCAACUCCUUGACCUUGCUGACCUGGAACUCGGAAAGGAGUAUGAGCUAGUGAUCUCAACUUACUCGGGUCUCUGUCGUUACCGGGUUGGUGACAUUCUUCGGGUCACUGGGUUCCACAAUUCUGCCCCACAAUUCAAGUUCAUUAGAAGGAAGAAUGUUUUGCUAAGUAUUGAUGCUGAUAAAACCGACGAAACCGAGCUGCAAAGCGCCAUCGAAAAGGCUUCUGAGCUGCUGAAGGAGUUCAACACUGCUGUUGUGGAGUACACAAGCUAUGGGGAUACUAAAACAAUUCCGGGCCAUUAUGUUAUUUAUUGGGAAUUGUUGGUGAAAGAUCCGGGUCAUGGGCCAAGUCAUCAGGUUUUGGAUCAAUGUUGUUUGGCUAUGGAAGAGUGUUUGAAUUCAGUUUAUAGACAAAGUCGGGUCGCGGAUAACUCAAUUGGCCCGUUGGAGAUUCGUGUUGUGAAGAAUGGGACUUUUGAAGAGUUGAUGGACUAUGCAAUCUCACGAGGCGCAUCGAUAAACCAAUAUAAAGUUCCGAGGUGUGUUAGUUUCACACCGAUCAUGGAGCUUUUAGAUUCGAGGGUCGUAUCGACCCAUUUUAGCCCGAGUGCACCACAUUGGGUUCCCGAACGACGUUUCUAAGUUGGCGAACGUUGUUAGUGACAAAACGAGAAUGAAGGAGGUAAUCUUUAGGUUCAUAAAAGUGAAAGGGUAUGAUGUGUUGGUUUAAAGAGUAAAGAAUGUAAUUUGUAGGUUCCAAAAUGUCAAGGGUGAAAUGUGUACGAUUAGAAAUUGAAGGGAGUAAUGUGUAGGUUUAGAAAGUACUUGUAAGAAAAAUGUGAUUGUUGAAAUGAUGACUUUUUUCCCCUUGUA